GAGGCCAUGGCGGUGCCUGGUGCCCACGAGUUCCACUGGCAGAGCCUGGCCCGACUGCCCAGCGGCCGCGUCUACCACACUCUGUGUGAGGUGGGGGGCCAGAUGUACAUGCUGGGGGGCUGCGAUGCUGCGGGGAGGCCAUGCCAGGCCCUGGAGCUCUACUCCCCUGAGGGGGACCGCUGGCUAAGCCUGCCCCCCAUGCCCAGCCCUCGUGCUGGUGCAGCCGUGGCAGUGCUGGGAAAGCAGAUACUGGUUGUGGGGGGAGUGGGAGAAGACCAGAGUCCUCUGAAGGUGGUGGAGAUGUUCAACACAGAGGAAGGGAGGUGGAGGAAGAGGAGCGCUCUUCGCGAGGCGCUGAUGGGUGUAUCCAUCACGGUGAAAGAUGGUCGGGCUCUGGCUGUAGGGGGAAUGGGUGCUGACCUGCUCCCUCGCAGCAUCCUGCAGCAGUAUGACCUUCGAAAAGAUGUAUGGGCGCUACUUCCUCCUAUGCCGACGCCACGCUACGAUGCCAACACCCAUCUGCUGGGCAACAAGCUGUAUGUUGCAGGCGGCCGUCAGUGUAAGCGACCGGUGAAGGCCUUUGAGGUAUACGACACUGAGACACGCUCCUGGACUACGCUACCCAUGAUGCCAUGUAAACGUUCGUAUGGAGGUGUGAUAUGGGACUCGGCUGGGAGGCUAUGUCUGCUAGGAGGACUGCGGCAGGGCGGGGGACACCAAAGCUCCAAGUUCACCAAGAACGUCAAUAUUUUUGACACCAACCAAGGCGCCUGGUUGAAGUCAGAGGAGACCGUGGCCAUGAAAACAAAGAGGGCUGACUUUGCUGCUGCCUUCCUGCGUGGCCGGAUGGUGGUCGCAGGAGGACUCGGUCAUGAGCCCUCAGCUCUGGACACAGUGGAGGCCUUUCAUCCUCAGAGGAAGAAGUGGGAAAGGAUGGCUCCCAUGACCUUCCCCAGAUGUUCCACCUCUUCCAUCGUCAUCAGAGAUCGCCUCCUGGUGGUAGGAGGAGUCAACCAGGUUCCCAGCUCGGCCCACGAGAUCCUUUACGUCAAAGAAGAGGAGUAUCUGUAG